AUGUCGAUGGACGAGCCUGAGGAUCUGGAGAUGGAGGGAGAGGAGGGGAUAGACGCCAAGGAGCUGAAGAAGGAGCUGGCUGAGUCCAAGGCAGUUAAAGUGCUGAUGCUGGCAACACCAACCCCUUCUUCUUCUUCUCUCCUGCACAGAAUCCUCCACCUGGGUGGUUUUAAUAAGGAGGAGAAGGUGAUGUACAGAGAGGUGAUCUUUGGUAACAUCCUGCAGUCAGCUCUGUCCAUCGUCAGAGGCAUGGGCAUCCUGGGGAUCAAGUACGGAUCACCAGCCGCAGAGGAUGAGGGCACGAAGCUGGAGAACCUUUCCAACUCUACUGAAGAGGGCACCAUGCCUCCUGAGCUGGCUGAGUGCAUCAAGAAGUUGUGGCUGGACCCUGGCAUCCAGGAGUGCUUUGAGAGAGCAGCUGAAGGCUACCAGCUCCUCGACUCCGCUCACUACUUCCUCAGUGACCUUGACCGCAUCACCGCGGCUGACUUGACCCCCAAUGACCAAGACAUCCUACGGUGCAGGAUCACGACCGGCGGGGUUAACGAGGAGAGGUUCACCUGCAGAGACAUCCAAUUCAGGAUGUUUGAUAUGAGCGGUAGAAGAGAAGAGAGGAAGAAGUGGAUCCACUGUUUCCAGGGCGUCCAUUGCGUCCUGUUCUGUAGUGCCCUCAGCGCGUAUGACCUGGUGCUGCUGGAGGACGAGGAAAUGAACCGCAUGCACGAGUCUCUCCACCUAUUCAACAGUAUCUGCAACCACAGGUUCUUCGAGGACACCAUCCACGUGCUCUUCCUCAACAAGAAGGACGUCUUCCAAGAGAAAAUCAAGCAUGUCCACCUCAAUGUCUGCUUCCCUGACUACGAUGGGCCAAAUACAUACGAAGAUGCCAGUAACCACGUGAAGAUGCAGUUUGAGUCUCUGAACUUGAAGCAGGCGGAGAAACCCAUCUAUACCCACGUCACCUGCGCUGUAGACACAGAGGACGUGAACCAGGCCUUCGACACCAUCACAGACAUCAUCAAAAUCAAUCUAAAAGACGCCGGGCUGUUCUGAGGCAGCUCCUGAUUGAAGAACUUCCUUCCAUCCAUCAGCCAACCCCUUGGUUUUAUUUGGCCACUGUGCUGAAGGAGGUGGACAGUCGGUGGACAACUGCUUAUCGGCUGUCACCAUCACCACCUCCGAACCCUGGUUCCUCGGACGCUUCCUCUACAUCGACAUCAUCAAAGCCUUAACAUCAAGGCCAUUGGAUUGAAAGAGUAUGAAAACAUUUGUAAAAAAAAAAUUAUUAAAAAAAAGGAAAAUGCCAUAAGGCAGCAGCCAUAAGCUCUUCUUUGAGAGAGGCAUUGGACAGGUCUUAAAUUGUGGAAUGUACCUUUAAAUCCCUGAAGCUAGUGUUUUUGUCUUUACCUUCAGUAGUCUCCUGUGGUCUCCAUUUUAACUUUUUUUUUAAAGUUAUAAAGUAAACAGUUGAAAUUUAAAUAUUUCAAAAUUCUAUUUUAAUCUAUUUUAAUAGAAUAAUAACCUUUACACUUUGUAAAUAAUAGACCACUAUUUAUUUUAAGAAAGACAUCUGAAGUACUCUGAGAAAGAAGGGAUCUUGUAUUUUUGUUUUUGUGAUGUGUGGACACAUAAAAUAAAGAUGCAUAUACUUCCCU